GCUCUGCUUCACUCUCCUCUCUAAUCUAAACACUGGCAGUCCACACACAGACACAUAGGUGUCCAACAGCAUGAAGUGCCUGAACAACCGGGCUGACAGCCACCUGACCGGGCAGGUAGAGUUGGACAGCGUGGGCAACGGAGCCUGGGUGAACCAUGGCUACUGUGGCUCCCCUCCACCCCUGCCCCGAGCUGUCAGCACCAUCUACAACCCACAGCCCCUCUUCCAGGGCUCCAUGGACAGCAUAUACAAACUGGACAGCCCCGGGCCAUUUCCAGAGGAGCCACCAUCCACUGACCAAAGCCUGGUGAAAAAACAACGAGGCUGCUGCUCUUUUAUCAAAGGUUUCUGGGGCACAACACUGACUGAAAACACCUCAAACAACAGGGAGCUGUUUGUACGAACCACGCUACGGGAGUUAAUUGUUUAUCUGGUGUUCCUGUUGGAUAUAUGCCUCCUGACGUAUGGUAUGACCAGCUCGAGCACCUACUACUACACUAAAGCCAUGACGGACCUGUUUGUGAAUACAGCCGGUGAGAGUGGGGUUAGGUUUCAGUCCAUUAGCACCAUGGCCGACUUCUGGACUUAUGCUCAGGGCCCAUUGCUGGAUGGACUCUACUGGACUAAGUGGUACAAUAACCAGUCACUGGACAGCGGAAACCAGUCCUUCAUCUACUACGAGAACAUGCUGCUGGGAGUCCCCAGAAUGAGGCAGAUCAAGAUCGUGAACAACUCCUGCAAGGUCCACAACGACUUUCAAGAAGAGAUCAUAGGGUGUUAUGAUGUUUACAAUGACAAGAAGGAGGAUGACCUCAGCUUCGGUCUCAUCAACGGCACUGCCUGGACCUACCACACAGAGAAGGAAGUCAAAGGUUCCUCUCACUGGGGCUUGCUGACCACAUACAGUGGAGCGGGAUACUACCAAGACCUGAGUCUCACCAAAGAGGAGAGUGCCAACACACUGAAGGAACUGGUGGACAACCUGUGGCUCGACCGAGGAACCAGAGCAGUCUUCGUUGACUUCUCCACUUACAAUGCAAACAUCAACAUGUUCUGUGUCAUCAGGUUGCUGGUUGAAUUCCCAGCAACUGGUGGGGCGAUCCCUUCCUACCAGAUAAGAACAGUCAAACUGAUCCGCUACAUCACCUACUGGGAUUUCUUCAUCCUCGGCUGUGAGAUGGUCUUCUGUUUAUUCAUCAUCUAUUAUGUGGUGGAGGAGAUUCUUGAGCUACGAAUACACAAGCUCUCCUAUUUCAAAAGCAUCUGGAACAUACUGGAUAUUGUUGUCAUAAUGCUCGCUAUCGUUGCCAUUGUAUUCAAUAUUUUCCGAACCAUCAAAGUGGACAACUUGCUCGGCAAACUGCUGGAACACCCUGGUAUCUAUGCUGAUUUUGAAUUUCUGGCCUUCUGGCAAACACAGUACAACAACAUGAAUGCAGUGAACUUGUUCUUUGCAUGGAUCAAGAUUUUCAAGUACAUUAGUUUCAACAAGACCAUGACUCAACUGUCCUCAACACUGGGUCGAUGUGCUAAAGAUAUCUUGGGUUUCGCCAUCAUGUUCUUCAUCGUAUUCUUUGCCUAUGCCCAACUUGGAUACUUGCUCUUUGGGACAGAGGUUGAAUCUUUCAGCACCUUCAUCAAGUGCAUCUUCACACAAUUCAGGAUUAUUCUUGGGGACUUUGAUUAUGAUGCCAUUGACCGUGCUAAUAGAGUUCUUGGGCCAAUCUACUUUCUCACCUAUGUGUUCUUUGUUUUCUUUGUUCUACUGAACAUGUUUCUGGCCAUCAUAAAUGACACAUAUUCUGAGGUUAAGGAGGAGCUCUCAUCCCAACAAGAUGAGCUACAGAUUACUGACAUCAUCAAACAGAGCUAUAUGAAGACAUUUACGAAGUUGAAACUCAAAAAGGAGAAAAUAUCAGAUGUUCAGAAAGCACUACGAUCUGGAUCUGGAGAAAUUGAAUUCAAGGACUUCAGAGAAACUCUGAAAGAGAUGGGACAUGCUGAUCAUGAAAUUUCUGCGGCCUUCUCACGGUUUGACCGUGAUGGGAACCAAAUUCUAGACGAAGGCGAACAAGAGAGGAUGAAGAUUGAGCUGGAGGAAAAGAGGGAUGCUCUUUGCGCUGAACUUAACAAUCUUGGAAUGAAUUAUGAGAAAGAAUUACUAGAGAAGCCUCCUGUAACAUCAAAUGAGCAGAGGAACCACUCCAGUCACACCUUAAUGGAUCGGGAACAGUUUCUGAGACUGGCCAGACAGGUUCUCCACCUUGAAAGCUCUGUGGCAGGCAUCACAUCCAGGAUUGAUUUGAUUAUGGAGAAACUGGGAUUACAAGAAAAAGCUAAAGGGAACGAAAUGGCAAGGAAACUGACUAUGACCAGUGAUGACAGUGAUGACACUGCCUCAGAUGGGGGCAUCCUGGUUUGCAUGGACAGAGGGACGAAGGCUGAGACGUCAUCAAGGAGACCAGCAGUUCGCACCAACUCCACAUAUGACUGUCAUAUGUGAUUAACCUCUGAGAAACAGAGUCAUGGGUUAUCUGGAAGUCAGCUGACACGAGGAUAAACGAGUCGCAUGUCAACAAUGUUCUGUGCAUCACAAGUUUCCAAAGUCUGUUCAAUAAACAAUUCUUCAGGUAGAAAACCACAAGUAGGCGCUCAGAUCAAACUACAGACGGUAUGACAGCAAUAUCAUGCACUUUGCUUUAACUACUCAUUUAUUACAGCUACUCAUUUCAUGGAAAUAUGUAAAUACUGUAUAAAUAAAUUCUGAAAAUUGAUGCUUACUAGGCAACUGCACUAGAGCUUUAAUAAAACAAACUGGUUCAAGUUUAAGCUCAGAUAUGUAGAAGACUACAGUGUAUGUUGUAGAUGAGCACUGAAUGUAAAUCUACAUAUUAGUAGUGUUGUGUAAUAUACAUUUAUUUCAACAGUUAGGUUAGGAAAAUAAAGUUACGCAACAUAAUCCGAUGUAACAUCUGAAUGAAUGCUUACUUUGUUUUAGUAAUGUGAUGUCUAUGAAUGUUCAAGUUCUAUUACAGUUGUUUAAAAAUCAUCAGCACCCUGACUUGUUUGCAGUUUAGUGUGUCUAUAAAAUAAUUCCCUAAUUAUGUUUAUGGAAUCCAUAGUACAAUAAUUAUUGAUCACCUCAAAAUAUAUUUAAAUUAAAUACAGAAUAAUUGGAUCUGUGACCUAUUAUCCCAGUGGACAAGGUGUUUUUUUUUGUUGUUGUUGUUUGUUUUAAAAAAAAAACAAACAAAAAAACAUUUGGUGAUCUUAAUUCAGGUUUCAUACAUCCCACCAUAACUGCAAAACAAAAAAGUUUUUGAGCAAAUGUAUAUAAAAUACAUGCUGCCUAGUGUAUUUAACUUUCAGAUGGUACAAAUGUCAGAAUCUCAGUUUAAUAACUGUUAUAUAUGUUAUAUAUUGUGUCUGGUAGAGUUACCGAAAAGACAUAAUUUUAAAAUCAGUUUAUGCUUAGCUGUCAGAAUCUCUGUGUAAAGCACAAUUUGUUAGUGUCUAAUAAAUGUACUGAACAACCCGGUUCAAAUGUUUCUUUAUUUGAAGUCACUUCUUGAGUUUUCCCAUUUAAAUGGAAAAUUGAUUUCAUCCUUUAUUAUUAAACAUCACCUCUAUUGUUCAACUCAUUUGUAUUAUUGUCAUAAAAGCAAAAUUGCCAUUACAUUCAAUUUUUUUAAGCAACAAAUGUAAUACAUGUAAUAAGCGUGCAGUUCAAGCUGAAAUAUCACCCGCUUUCUGCUACGUUCUGACAAUGGCACGCAAACUUAAAAAUGGGAAAAUCUACAAUGGAAAAGAAUUUAGAUUUGACAUGGAGCCUCCGUUAAUAACACAAACUUUGAAUUUACUGACACAUCAAUUAAGGCUUAUUCAUAAAUUAUAUUGCUGAAAUUUAAUGAUGGCAUUUCUACCUACAGUAUGUACAUUAUUUCUAAGUUUCAUGAAGGUUUGUGAUCAAGGUUUAUAUUUACACUCCCAGCCAACAUGAACCUGUUUUGUUACACAAAUAUGCCCCAGGUCUAAUAAACAAACAAAAACAUCAUCAAGUUUGUCAGCUAGUACAACAGGAAAAGGAGAGUGAAAUUACAAGGAGUGUAAUUGACUGUACAGAAUGGCACAUAGGCAAACAAAAUCCAAAUGGCAGGACGUCUUUGAGAAAUCCUCUUGUCACAAUUUGCCAGUGAUUUUUAAAAAUACGUCACCUGUUACAUAAGGAAAUAUCCUGCAGUUACUGAGAAAAUUCAGAAUACAUUGAGGGGCACAAAGGUGCCCGCUGCCCUGAUAAAUCAAUGUCAUUUGUUUAGGAAACUUUUCAAUUUCACAAAAUAAAACCAUCUCAGUUUUUAGUAACUUAAGUCUUAUUCAUUGGACAAUUUGUCUUUACAUACGUGACUAAAGAGCAGCAUUUUGAAUGCCGCAAAACGUAAUGCAAUAUCAUUAGGGCCUGGUUUUGGUGCUAAAUAAACUCUGUUCUUCAUAAAAAGUCUUAUAGUCAUUAGAAAGACUGACUAUAAACUAACUGAGGUUAUCGAGAGAAAGGAAAAAAGUAGUUAAGAUUCAGAAUCUUUCCAGGAAACCAAUAUUCUCUUUAUAUCGUGAGCAUGUGCUAUAGCCUUUACUUUGAGACACAGGAUUAUAAAUUAAUCCAAUCUAGGCUACAUUAAGGUAUAAACUAAAAUCCAUCAAAAGUCUGCAAAGAACAUGCUGAUCACUCUGAUACAAAACAUGAAAAAACAAAUCUUUUUUUUUGCUUUUAGAUUUGAGUAGGUGAAAUUUUUCUUUGUACACAAAAUUACUCAAGAGAUACCACAUCCCAUUUAAAUCUCCUUUACAGCCACAGUUGUUUAUACAAAUAGUUUCUUCACAUAUACUGGAAAGGUAAACUACCGAUCCAGGGCCUCUAUUCACAAAGCAUUUUUCAUUAAUAUAUCAAAAUAGGACUGAAUUUUGAGCUAUGAGCUGAAGCGAAGCCCAGACCAACUUCCAGCAGGUUGGUUCAUUCUUGUGGCUCAGUGCAGUUUGUAACACAAAUUCAUGGUGGGCAAUCUGUACAGCUGUCAGCACUGAUGACAUCAUCAUCAUUUUAAAAACUGACCUAUAUCACAAGAAUGAACUUAAUUGAUGCAUGAAGACUUGAGCGGAGUUUUGUAUUCUGUUGUGUAAAAUAACAGAAAAAUGCCCCAAAUAUGAAAAGUAAAUAAACAUGUUGACAAGUCUGUAACAAACACUGAAAUACUAAAAAAGAUAUAUUGGCAAACUGAGAGUGGAUAUUGCUAUAGUUUGAUAAUUCAAUAUUAAUGUUAUAAAGCUUGAGGUUUCCAAGUAUCUUAAUCCUUGUAAUGCUCCAGUGAGCAGCUGGAGUAAUGUGAUGGCUUAUAUUAAGUGUGCUUUUAGCUCCACUGAAAUAUCGUGGCUGUUCAGUUUCUCCGACACAUUUUUGCUCAAACUUUGAAUAUGAGAGGGUAA